AUGCAAGAGGAAUAUAAAAAUUUCUAAGUGGAACCAUUGCUUCCAUCAAAAUCGAUGAGUUAAUCGCAAGCAAUGAUAAGGAGAAACAAUGACUAAUCUAACUUGGAGUAUCAAUGGUUUCUAAAAUAAUUUAGAGAGAUUGAUUACUCAAUAUAAGAAAAUAGAUAAAUUCCACUCAUCCUUAAGCUCAAAUAAUAAGACAUAUUUGUGAAAGACUUCUUUAUACUUCCACAUUUAAAUCAAAUAAUUAUUGGAUAUUAAGUAGGUUAAUAAAAAGACCAUAGAAUUUUUGAGUUUUAUGAUCAAUUUACUCGAGAGGUAAUCAAAUCCUAUGAAUUCAUUGAGAACAAGAUAUCCAUUUAUUAUCAACAAGUAUUUUCAAAAAUAUCAUGUGAAGACAUUGAUUAUAUCUUCUACUAAAAGUAAAGAACUUACUAUUUGAUAAGACUGAAUGAUAUAGAAGAAAAAGAUGAAAAAAAUCUGAUUAAAUUCAAUUUUUAAGAAGAUUUUCUCAUCUAGCAGGCUUGUAUUUUAGACGAAUCCACAAUAACUUUGAAAUGUAAAAUCUCCAAUCAAAUUAGGCAACUCAUUUUCAAGUUAGACUAGAAUCUGAGCUCAAUGACUAAUGAUUAAGAAAUCUAAUUUAACAUCAGUUUAAUUACAUAAGGAAACUAUUAGAAAGCAAUUUCUCAAACAAAUAAAGAAAUAUUUGUAAAAGAUUAGGAUCAAAGUUGUUUCCAAAUGCCUUGCUUAUACACUGAUAGUUUUGAUUAGAAUGAGUUAAAUGAUCAUUUCCUUUUUUUAAUUUACAAAGGUCACUUUGAGUAUCUAAUGGAUUCUAGUCUCUAUCUCUACACAUUUGAUAGAGCAGAUAAUUUUAAACUUACAAAGGUUCACUAACUAUCAUAAAAUAAAAUCCAAUAGUUAGGCAAAGUAGUAACUACCUCAAAUAAAAUUUUUGUUGAUUACAAAUUGAAAACUUAACUUGAAAUUAUGUAAGUCUACGAUGCUAGGACAUUUCAAUUAUUGAACGAGAUAAACGAACCCUAGAAAACUUCUUCUAAGACUUAAUAAGUGGAAAAUGUCAAGAAAUAAUGA